ACUGCCCAAUUUUCGAUCCAGACCUGUGCCAUGGGCUGCACCUGAGCAGCUUGGUAGACAUGGAGAGCUGGGAAUUUCCCACGGAACUCGACGAGUUCUUGGAGUUUUGCGUGGAGGAGCACAAUGGCGACUUCGACGAAAUCUCCAGGGAAUUCUUGGAAGUAGCUAGUGGUCUUGAUGAACAGUUGGCUGGACGUGCAGAGGAGGCCUUCUCGGCGCCGUCCCUGCGGCAGCGCUACCUGCAGCUGCACCCCGAGGCCGAUGGCGCGGCCGGUGCCGCCGGUGCCGUGGCGCCGCCCUCGGUGACGGCCACAGAGCUCACGGAGGCCGACCACGAGGAGAGCAACGACGCGGCCGACGCGGCCGACGCGGACGUGGCCGAUUGGAAGCACGCCCAGAACGAGGACGCACCCUCCCAGUUUUCGGUGCUCACGGACAGUCUGCAGGACCGUGUGAGGCGGAUCUACAACAACGUGCAGCUGCGCCUGCCCUCCGCGUUUCGUGACGCUGGCAGCGACUCAGAGCACAGCGCGGAUGCGGUCUCAGGGCGUCACAGCGAGGCCUCAGAGGAUGGCGACUUGAAGGAUGCAGCUGUACGGCUGUUUGGCAGCGCCAACCUGGGCCAUGUCGUAGCGGAUUUGUCCCAUGGAGCACCGGUGAAGUCGCCCGACAAAUCGCAGGAUCGGGACCCGUCCGGUUUGAUCGCUCGAGCUCUGAGGGGUGAGGAUGAAAGCAGCGAGGAUUCCGCCGUGGACGACUUCCGAGCCAUGAGGAAAGCAGUCAAGGAGUCCAGUCAGCAGGUUGCAACCGAUCCCAAAAAGCCGCUGGUCAGAAAGCUUCGCCAAGCGAUGCCAGCGAAGCCAAAGCCAAAGCCGGAGCCAAAGGCCACAGGAUUUGUUCGUUUGGAGCUUGUUGAAAGCACCAGUGAAGAAGAAGAUGGAAAGAAUGAAGUCAGUUCUGAAGACGAAGAAAUCAGUCUUGAACAAGACUCCCAUCUUCGCGUCUUGCACCGCUUGGAAAGCUCGGCACCGACUGGUGAAUGCCCUUGGGAUGUGUGGCUUCAAGCGACACGGUCAUGGCCACAGCUGAAAACGAAGCUGAAUUCUCCGGAUUUUUGUCGCCAAAAUGGCGACCUUUGUGUGAACUUCGAUGUCGAGCUGUUGAAAAAGUUGAUCCAAGAAGAGAAGGCAGCACGUGCCGCUGCGCGCCAAGCGCGCAUUGACGACCAGGAGAAUCAGAAAAAUCGUGUGAACGAAUACAUCGAAGAAGCUGAACGAAGACGUGAGAUGAUCAAAGGCCGCAUCGGUGGUUUCCUCCUCGCACCUCGCAGUGAGAAAUUGGAAGAAACUCUCCGAAGGUCGGCCAUGUCGGCCAAAGCCGAAGAGAACUCCUUCAAUCCACCGCCACGGCCCUCAACGUUCGCACGACUACGACCAUCUACCAAUGGAUCCCAUGGACAGGUUGGACAAGUUGAUGCAAUGAAUGCAGUGAAAGUGAACUGAGAGAUAAAAAGAAA